GAAAAAAAAUGGUUGCAGAAAAAUCAAACUCCGUUUUAUUUCGGCCAUAGAUUGAAUCCAAUAUUUUGAAAAUUCCCUGACUUCGAUUUUCACCGAUCAAGUUUUUUUUAAGAGCUCGAGUUACACGGAUUAGGAUAAGGUGUUUGGUUUCCUGGAAUUUCGGGAUUCAGAGGGAGGGAAAAUGUGGGGAUUCGGUGGGAGGUAUUAUUGGGGGAUGAAGGAAAGAAGAGGUGGAAGGAGCGAGGGGAUAGUGGUGGUGUUCGCUUGGAUGUCGAGUCAGGAGAGGCACUUGAAGAACUACGUGCAACUUUAUUCCUCUUUGGGUUGGAAUUCGCUCGUCUGUCAUUCAGAGUUCCUCAACAUGUUCUUCCCUGAGAAGGCUGCGAAUCUAGCACACAACCUUCUCAAGGAACUUCUUCGGGUCAGUGUUAUUAUACUUCUUCAGCUGUUAUCUUUCUCACUCCAUAUCAGCUGAUUCCUGUUAGCAAUGACCCUUGAAAUUCACUCAGUUUGGAAGGGGUGUUUUAGGCUGGAUUAAGUCAUUAUUUAUUUAUUUAUUUGGAUAACAUGAGUAUCCAAACCUUUGGCCCAACCAGUCCCAUGUACACCUUCAAAUUGUCCCAUCCACAUAAACAGCUUUUAUCUUUAUUUACCCAUCAUAUCUGAAACUUUAAUUGAUGCAUUGAGGAGAUAACUUUUAGCUCUCCAUUUUUGGUUUGUAGGAGCUGAAGGUCAGACCAUGCCCUGUAGUCUUUGCAUCUUUCUCGGGUGGUCCCAAGUCUUGCAUGUACAAGGUUCUUCAGAUGAUUUUGGGCAUGUCUGAGGUGCAGAUAAAAGCGGAUGAUCUCCAACUGGUUAAGGAGUGUUUUUCAGGCCAUAUUUAUGAUUCUUGUCCCGUGGAUUUUACUAGCGAUCUGGGCGCAAGAUUUGUUGUACACCCAACAGUCCUCAAAAUGUCUCAUCCACCACGGAUAGUAUCGAUGAUGGCAAAUGGUAUAGCCUCUGGUCUUGAUGCUCUUUUCCUCAACAGGUUUGAAUCACAUCGUGCUGAGUAUUGGCAGACACUAUACUCCUCUAUUUGUAUGCGGGCCCCAUAUCUUAUUUUAUACUCGGAAAAUGAUGAUCUUGCUCCUUAUCAAGUCAUCCGCAAUUUUGCUCAGCGACUACAAGAACUAGGCAGUGAUGUAAAACUUGUGAAAUUUGAUGGCUCACCUCAUGUAGGUCAUUAUCAGCAUUAUCCAAUUGAUUAUAAGGCUGCUGUGACUGAGCUUCUCGGUAAGGCAGCUGCUGUGUAUUCCCAAAGGGUUCACCGUGAUGGAGAAAGAAUGGAUUUAAAGGGGACACGUGAUGAGAUAUCUGAGCCAUAUUCCACUUUGAGGAAAGCAGCUUCAAGCUCAAACCAGGGUUUUCUUGGGACUCCUCUCAUGCAGAGUGAUCGUUUCCUCAUGCCUAGCUCACCAGGGUAUUAUGAAGGUAGAGGUUUUGGGUCUGUGUCAGAUGAACACAAAGAAGAUCUGAUUCAUCUGCCGAACCCACCAAGGAUAAAUGCCCAUGGGGUUCUUGGCCAGUUCCUGUUUGAUGUCUGUGUCCCAAAGAAUGUUGAAGAUUGGGAUAUAGAGUCAUCAACUUCCUUCAUCAGACAAGCCUAUUCUUCCUCACGGCGACACAACCCAUUUAAUCCAAUCAAGUGCAUCCGUCGUUCCAGAUUAUAACAUAUCACACUAAUCUUUAGCAGAGAUUUCUUAAUGAACCUGAAGAGCCCAUGUUUGACUGGCCUCAAGAUCGAAUGGACGAGUGCUUACCAGUUACCAACCUUUCAAAGAAGCAACAUGAAAUCCCAGGAGGAAUAAAAAAAAU